AUGCCCAAGCAAAUUACUGAGAUAAAGGAUUUCUUGGUGCUGGCACGAAGGAAGGAUGCUAAAAUCGUCAAAAUUAAGAAGAACAGCCUCAAUGUGAAAUUCAAAGUCCGCUGCAGCAGAUAUUUGUUCACUUUGGUAGUAAACGUAGGCCAGGUUUCUUGCGCUUAA